AGUAAGCCAAGAACUAAGCUCCCUGCUAAGCUCAUAGAUAGCCCGACCGAGGCCAACGAUCGAGGUCAACAAUCCGAGUACCCUACACCUCCUCGCUCACGCUAAAUCUACCCAACGUCUCAAGAAUGGCCCCAGAUCAGGACGAGCCUGACAGGCCCAAAAAGACGGUUGUCUUCCUGCACCCCGACCUGGGCAUCGGCGGUGCAGAGCGGCUGGUCGUCGACGCCGCCGUCGGCCUCCAGAACCGCGGCCACAAGGUCGUCAUCUUUACGAGCCACUGCGAUCCCAAGCACUGCUUUGACGAGGCCCGCGACGGCACCCUCGACGUCCGCGUCUGCGGAAACACGCUCGUGCCGCCCUCGAUACUUUCGCGCUUUUCCAUCCUUUGCGCCAUCCUGCGCCAGCUGCACCUCAUCCUGCAGAUUUCGUUUUUCUCGAAAGAGCUAGCGGACCUCGAGCCCGACGCCUUCUUCGUCGACCAGCUGAGCGCGGGUCUGCCGCUGCUAUGGUGCCUAACGCGUGGCGGCAGGAAAGCGCCGGCCUCGUCGCCCGGCAUCCUCUUCUACUGCCACUUCCCGGACCUGCUGCUGGCCCGCGGCCGCGAGCUGUGGGUCAAGCGCAUGUACCGCGUGCCCUUUGACGCCCUCGAGGCCUGGAGCAUGGGCUUCGCCCACGCCGUCGCCGUCAACUCGGACUUCACCCGCGGCGUCGUCCGGAACACGUGGCCGCACCUCGCGGCGUCGACGGAGUUGCGCGUCGUGUACCCUUGCGUCGACGUCAAGGCCGUGGAGGGGGGCGGCGGGGGCGAGGGCGAGGGCGGGGAAAAAAGCACGGCGACGCUCGACUGGCAGGACGUCAAGAUCGUGCUGAGCAUCAACAGGUUCGAGCGCAAGAAGAAUAUUGCCUUGGCCAUCAAGGCGUUUGCCGGAUUGGUCAAGGAGAAGCGCAAGGGCGUCAAGCUCGUUAUUGCAGGUGGUUACGAUAACCGUGUUACCGAGAACGUCUCGUACCACAAAGAGCUGGCCGAGCUCGCAGAGAAUCUUGGACUGGGCCACGCAACGACAAAAACGGUCGUGACGGCCCUGGCCCUGGCCCGCGACGCCUCGGUCGACGUGCUCUUCCUGCACUCGGUGCCGUCAGCCCUCAAGGCCUCGCUCCUCAAGUCGGCGCGCCUGCUCCUCUACACGCCGGCCGAGGAGCACUUCGGCAUCGUGCCGCUCGAGGCCAUGCUCGCGGGCCUGCCCGUGCUGGCCUGCAACAGCGGCGGGCCCAUGGAGACGGUGCUCGAGGGCGAGACGGGCUGGCUCCGCGACCCGGACGACGUGCCCGCCUGGACCGAGGUGAUCGAGACGGUACUGGACGCGUCGUCGUAUUUUUACGCGGGAGGCGCGCGCAGCGAGAUGCUGGCGCGCAUGCGCGAGGCCGGGCCCAGGCGCGUCCGCGAGAACUUCUCGGACGUGCAGAUGGCGCGGCGCCUCGAGGCCGUGCUGGACGACAUGGACGACUCAAUGGCCAGGGCCAGGAGGAGGAGGGACGCAACGUCCGUGUUUGGCAGCCUCGAGCCCUUUGCCUUCAUGCUCAUGGUCGGCAUCACCGUUUGGGCCGUGGUGUGGCGUGUGGCUUCCCUAACAGGGUACUUGGAGUAGCUCGUCUUUUGUCGUCUUUUGUCGUCUUUUUUUCUUUCCUUUUCUUCUUGAUACUGUCGGGGCUGGGGGGGUGCUAUAUCUUGUGGUCCCAGAGUGGGUCGGGAGUAACUGGUCUAGGGGAUGGAAAUAUGGCUCGAGGACAGGAAGGAGCUAAAGACAUGUCAUGAUACCCCUUUGGUAUGGUCUUCUGGAAGAUGGCCACGCUAUAUCCUACAACAUUUGAACCGACUUUGUUGGCUGUGAACCUUGACAUAUACCAAACUAGCAGGUUUUAACCAUGCAUACAUAAACUCUCUCUCUCUC